AUGAAGACCACUAACAGACCCGAUGAAUGGAAGAUUGAGCAGGGACUGGCUGGGGCGGAGCUUCCCGUCCUUGACAUGACGGGACCGCAAACCAAGGCUCUCCCCCCUCAGAUUUUUGGUGACCUAACGAAAGAUGAUGCCGCCAUAAAGAAAGUCGGCGACCCGAACAAGUUGUUCACCGAGGAGCGGCAAGGUUGGACCGGCUUCGUCGAGUGGGAAAGUUAUCCGGAGAAGAAGGCCGCGGCCCAUAGGAUCUUGACCUCCCAGACAUUUCCCCCAAAUCCAGAGUUCCAGCUUGGGCCUAUUCCAGCUAGCAAUCCUGUCCUUUCUGGUACUCAUUGGAAGAUGUGGCACAAGGCGGUUGGAGGCGCUUUGUCUCGCAUCCCCGACGACUCGUGGGAUAUUGUGCUCAAGGAGAAGCACGCCGACAUGCUGCAUCUUCUCCAAUUUCCUUACAACGGCGAGCCUCCCAAGCGCCUCGUGACCGACAAAGAAAUUACCCCGAAUCCCCUCCACUUCGUCCGAAACCACGGCGGGAUUCCGAUCAUUGACAAAGAGCACUACAGCUUUCUGUUGGAUGGACUUGUAGCGAACCCGAGAUCGUUCACUUUGGAUGACCUCAUGGACGAAACCAAGUUUCCGCGGAUGGAGAAGACAGUGACGAUGCAAUGCUCGGGAACCCGACGUAUCGAGCAGAUUCUCAAGUACCCCGGCCAGGGUGAUGAGGUGCCUCAAGCACCCUGGGCUGAAGGUGCGAUCGGAACUGCCAAGUACGUUGGCAUCAGCCUCAAAAAAGUCAUCAAAGCCUGCGGUGGACUCAUCGAAGGGGCAAAACAUCUCGAAUUCUACGGCGCGGACACCUACUUCAAAGAUGACAAAACCAUGAACUAUCUCGUCAGCGUUCCAUGGUCAAAAGUGAGGGCAAACGAGGUCAUGCUGGCCUGGGAGAUGAAUGGCGAUGUUCUUCCUCGCAUUCAUGGAUAUCCCCUUCGCAUCGUUGUAUUCGGUUACAUUGGAGCACGAAGCGUCAAGUGGCUUUACCGCAUUAAGGCUAUCAAGAACCCUACACGUGCGCCUGUUCAGAGCCAGGAGUACCUCUACUUUCCUCAACAAGUCGGCAAGCAUAAUCUCAAGAUGACGGACGGCAUCCAGAUUCAGGAAAUGCCAGUUAGUUCUGCCAUCAUGUCGCCUUGGACCAAACAGGUCGUCAUACAUAACGGCAAAAUCCGCUGCAAGGGAUGGGCCUACUCAGGUGGUGGUCGCUGGCCAGAGCGGGUUGAGCUCUCAGCUGACGGGGGGUUCAAUUGGUAUACUGUGCCGGUCGAGAAUCUCUCCAAGAAGCGAAAAUGGACCUGGCGAACCUGGGAGAUCGAUCUUCCUUGCGACGUGGAAGGCUGGAUUGAGAUCGUCUGUCGCUGCUGGGACAAUUCGCUCAAUACUCAACCGCCCGAUAACAUUUCAUAUCAUUUGUGCUCAACAGUGGAGGACACGAUGUGCAACGACGACAACAAUAGCCCCACUCCCCAGCCCCCACCAGCUGGCGCCAUCGCGGCUGAUGAGUUCACCGACGAUAAUUCCUCAUUGAAUGGUGGUAACAUCGCGUCGUCCACCUCGACUGUAGCGGCCUCGAUUCUUGAAUCUAGACUAGAGAACGGGAGAACGUACCAUAAGUACAAAGAAGGGAAGUACUGGGCACCUAACGAUGAGAGAGAGAAGGACAGACUCGACCUUGUGCAUAAUCUCUACCUUUUGACUUUUGACUACUAUCUCGGAACUGCGCCGCCAACCCGAGAGGACUCGAAAGUCGGUCGCGUGCUCGACGUCGGCACAGGCACCGGCCUCUGGGCAAUCGAAUUCGGAGAGGACCACCCCGAGGCUGAGGUCACAGGUGUGGACUUGUCGGCUUCCCAGCCAAACUUCGUACCUCCGAAUGUUCGGUUCGAGAUCGAUGAUAUCGAGGAAUCAUGGACUUUCAGUGAGCCCUUUGACUACAUUCACAGCAGAAUGAUGAAGGGCAGCAUUCGCGACUGGAAGAAGUUCCUCCAAAGCAGUUUUGAUAACCUCAACCCUGGUGGAUAUCUCGAACUGAACGAUAUCGAUUUCUUCCCCUUGUCUGAUGACAACACGAUUCCCAAGGACAGUAAGCUCAUGAAGGCCUUUGGGUAUUGCUUUGAGGCUCUCGAAAAGAUGGGAUCGCCUUUUGAAGAGUUUAGCCGCUUCGAGACCCUGCUCGCCGAGGUUGGAUUCGAAGACAUCCAGGUGCAGCGUUUCAAGUGGCCCACAAACACGUGGCCCAAGGAUAAAAAGCACAAGGACCUGGGCGAGUGGAACCUCGAGAACCUUUCGCCCAACUUGGACGGUCUUCUCAUGGCGCCGCUGACGCGAGCUCUGGACAUGAGCCAGGCAGAGGUCCACGUUAUUGCGAUGGAGGCUCGUAAGGAGCUUGCGGAUAGACAGAUCCACGCUUACUUCAAUGUGUGGUCGAUUCAUGGACGCAAACCAGCGGCGGCAGCGGCGAACUGA